AAGGUGGGUGGGGUUGUUAUGUAUUGCUAUAUGGCUCUAGCAGGCAAUGGGCAAUGUUUGGCAGUGGGCACUCAUUGGGUGAUGCUAUGUAGCUUAGAAAGCAAAGGGCUACAAUCUCUAUAGAGGAACUAUGCUUUCUGUGCAUGUUUUGUAGGUGGCGUGGCUCAUUAAUGCAUGCCUGACAGGGAAUGGGAUGAGCAGAAGCACAGUGUGUCUCUGGCCACUGCAGAAAGGAUAGCUUGUGGGAUUUGGAGGCAUGAGUUAAAAACUAUUGUCUUAGAUAUGCCCCAUGGGGAAAGGGUUUAUCUCUGCAUGCUCAAGCAGUGGAAGAAAAAAAUGGAUUUCUAUUAUUCUGGCAGCACAGGUAGUAAGAUGACCAGUUUAUAUAUCUGUGACAGUGAGUUAAAUGAUGUUCAUGCCUAGCAAUGGAAGGUUAAGCAAGACUCUUCACUACACUUGCAAAAUAAGUGUUAAAUGAAAAUCUGCAGGAUUGCCUUGGGGACCAGUCACUGUGUCUUGCCAUUCUCCAGUAGGACGCCUUCCAGGAGGCUUCCUGUACCCACUAUCCUAUUCAUCCCAAGAUUCUGUAUUACUGGGAGACCAAGUUGAGGCUGAAGAACAAGUAGUGGCCAGCAAAAACGUCAUGAAGAAGAAGACUGUGCUGGCCUUGUUUGGCAUAGUCCUUGGGUACCUAGUAACAGGGGCAGUGGUCUUUCAGAUGCUUGAGCAGCCCUACGAGACUAUGCAGCAGAGUCUUCUCAUGAAACAUCGUACUCAAUUCCUUCAGGAGAACACCUGCGUGCAAGAGGAUGUCCUGGACAAGUUUGUGUUGCAGAUGAAAGAGGCUUUGGGUUCUGGAGCUGAUGUGGCAGCGAAUGGCACCAAUGUUACAACACACUGGGACAUCGGAAGUUGCUUCUUCUUUGCAGGAACUGUCAUCACCACAAUCGGGUUUGGUAACAACUCCCCUAAGACAGAGGGUGGUCAGAUGUUCUGUAUUUUCUAUGCACUGUUUGGCAUUCCACUUUUUGGCAUCCUGCUGGCAGGAGUUGGUGACCAUUUGGGAUCAGCUCUCCGUAAAGGGAUUGGAAAAGUAGAAAUCAUAUUCUUGAAGUGGCGUGUCUCUCCAACCAUUGUACGGGUUAUAUCCGCGGUGCUGUUCAUCCUCAUUGGCUGUCUCCUCUUCGUUCUUAUACCGACUUUAGUCUUCAAGGAGAUUGAGCAGUGGACACUUCUGGAGGCCAUUUACUUUGUAAUCAUCACGCUGACCACCAUCGGCUUCGGGGAUUAUGUGGCGGGUGAUGGUGCUGGCAAUGAGCACACGUGGUACAAACCACUUGUCUGGUUCUGGAUAUUGCUUGGACUUGCCUACUUUGCUUCUAUCCUAACAAUGAUUGGGAAUUGGCUGAGAGUUCUGUCCAGAAAAACGCGAGCAGAGAUGGGUGGUUUAACAGCUCAUGCAGCAAACUGGACAGCAAAUAUGACUGCUGAUAUGAAGCUUCCCCACCGCGGGAUCAGCCUUAACUUUCAGGAACGAAUGCAGCGGCAGAAAGGAGUACGUGAGCCAGGAGAACUAGAAAAGGACGAUGAAGAAGAAGAGGAGGUGAAAGGGGAUCAUCAUGCAAGAGAAAACGAAGACUCCCAAAAGCCUCCAGUUUCUACCCCUAUCACCACACAGACACCACCACUCACUCCCGCUCUCAGAGCAGAGGAUGCUGGGAAACGCGUCAUGGAGUGGGGGGAAAACAUGGCUUUUAUUGAUGAAUCGUCAGAUACGCAGAGUGAGAGGGGCAUGGGAGAGGAAGAGACAGGAGAUGAAAAAGGGAAAGUAUUAAAAACCAAGAGGAGAAGGAGGACAGGUGGAAGGGGGGUCAAGGGAGAUAAUAAUCCAGCUACACGGAAUCGAGAUAAAGGGGAAAGUGGUUAGAAAUGGAAUUUGCCUUAAUAUUAAGAUUCUGCUUUAAUAAAUUUCAACCCUACCAAAGUGCCACACCCUCCCUGCACUGUAUUACCAUACUGUCCAUCAAUUACUACUUCUACAGUAUAUAUUUACCUGCUGGCUAAUGUUUCCCAUAACUAUUGCAUUAGUCACUUGACUAGUGUUUGUUUACAAGGUGAUUUGUAACUUUAGCCAGAUUAUUUUGAUACUCAGCUGGCUAUUUUCAAUAAUAAACUGAUUUUCUACUUUCCCUCAAUUAUACAUAUCCAAGAGGUAAAUGUUGGCUGUAUGUAUCAAUGCCACACAAUCACAGAGUUACUGCUGCACUGUUACUUAUACACUGGAUCGGUGGUUCAAACACAUAAAUAUGUAGCAUACCAACACAUACGGAAAAAGCAGGACGCAGAGUCUAACCCUACUGCAGCAUGUUAUCAUAACACAGACCUUGCGAUGCUGGUUCCCUUUCACAUCCGUGCACUGCUGAAGCAACAUGACUGCACAGGAGGAUGAGCACAUGCUAAAAAUACUCACAAAUGAUCACUACAUUGGGAAAUGACACACAUACUACUCAUGACAUAUUUUUAAAUGGAUACUUUGUUCAUGCUUAUAUAAUUGGAUGCUGAUACUUGAGGGUGGGAGAGGUUUAUGUGAUUGAUAAAUGAUCUGUAAUAAAGAGGUUUAAUGAGCUGUCUGUGCGGCUGCAGAUUAAAUGCUGUUUGUCUCAUG